AUGCAGCAAUCAUCAGAAGAUUAUAAACAGAAGAGAGCAAAAUUUCACAAUGAAGAAGAGGAUCCCAUCAUAAACCAAUUGCCAGAUGGAAUCCCUGUAACAAUUUUAUCAAAAUUGCCAAUAAAUGAAGCAGCUAGGACCACCAUCCUCUCAAGAAAAUGGAGGCACCUAUGGAAAUUCUUCUCCGGAGCCUUAGAGUUUGAUGGUUCACCAGUGAUGAAAAACAUUAAAAAGGAUAUUAAUAAGGCUUUAGGGAGACAAUUACAAAUGGCAAUGGAGAUCAUGUUUGAUGCAGAAAGGAAAACAUACACAAAUUGGAUCAAUGAGUUGUUCAGUUCACUUAAAAGUCCAACACUUGAAGGAUUGAGAUUUUGGUUCCAUGUUGCCACUGACUAUGAUGUUGAAAAGUGGCUUCAAUAUGCAAUUCAGAAGAAGGUUCAUAAGCUAGAGCUAUAUUUUGGGCACUCAUUUGAAUAUGUUCUUCCAUUGCAUUUGUUCAAAGUGGAAAAUUUUGACUCCUUACGUGUUUUGAGGUUGAAAUUCGUUACCUUGACCAGUGAGAUGCUAGAAUAUUUACUUUGUUGCUGCCCUUCACUUGAAACUUUGAGUUUAAAUAGUUCAGGAGUUCCAAAUUCUAUGAAGAUUUCUUCUUCUUCAGGUUCAUCAUUGAAGCUGAAAUGUUUAGAGUUGGUGAGGUGUUGGGAGCUGAGGAACCUGGAAAUUUGUGCUGAGAAUUUGGUGUCACUCAAAUACUGUGGACCCCAUUUGGACACAGAAUUCAGAAGUGUUCCAAGACUCGUGGAAGCAGAAUUCGGAGGAUCUUAUGUGGAGUUCACUAGAGAGAGCUUUAUCUCUCAAAUAAAAGUGCUUAAAUUGGAUAUUACACAAAAUGUACCUCAAGUGGUUUAUUGGUUAUGUCAACUUCCUGAGUUAAAAAACCUCAAGCACUUGGAGUUGGUUACAUGUAUGGAAGAUGGCAUCACACUUAGUACUUGUGCUUUGCUAUUAAAGGCAUCUCCUUCAUUGUGGAGGUUCACACUUAAGAUGUUAAAUAUCAAUCCUAUUUUUAGAAGGGCAAGCACAUUCUCAAAGGAAUGUGAAUACAGUCUUAAGGAGUUGGAAUUGGUUGGAUUUUGUGGGGCAACAUGUGAAGUUGAACUAAUCAUGUACAUGCUUGAGAAUGCAGUUCGGCUCCAGAAGAUCAUUAUUGAUACAAGGUUUCCAACAAAACCAAAAUUGAAACCAAUAGGAGAGCAUUCCACAAGUUGGGAUCGUGAAUCAAUCCAAAAACGUGCUUUGGAACUACACAAAAAAAUACCAUCCUCAGUGGAAGUUGUUUGUCUUUAA